AUGAAUGCUGCCGUUAAUAUUGCUCAAAGAACCGUCACCUUGAACUAUUUCGUUGAAGGUCUCACCAUGCCCAUUCUCGAUUUUGUCUUGUCGAGAGUGAGAAGAACCAAGGCGUUUAUUGUCUUUGGUAACUUCGUCUUGUUCAUUGCCAUGGGUGUUUUUGUCCACUUCAGAGGAUCCAACGACGGCUACAGAGCCAAGUACUUCCGUGACGGUAUUGCCAUUGGUAUGUGUCUUGUUGGUUUCUCUCAGCUAUUCAUUCUCAGAGUCACCUCCGUUUCUGUUCAAACAUGCACCAACCACGAGUACAUGGCCACUGUUACUGCGCUUUUCGCUUCUUUUUACCAGAUCGGUUCGGCAAUUUCUUCAAGUAUCUCUGGUGCCAUCUGGACCCAGGAUAUGUACGGACAGAGCAGAGGAAAAAUGGCGGAUUUGGGUGUAGACACUGAUUUGGCCCAGCUUGCGUACGAAAAGCGUCAUGAGUUCAUUAAGGUCCACGCUUGGGGCACAGACCCGAGAAGAGCCAUCAGUUUGGCUUACGCCGAUGUGCAGAAGAAAAUGUGUAUUGUUGGUCUCUGUCUUUGUGUGCCAAUGCUUGCGUUUAUUCUUUUGUUGAGAGACAACAGAUUGACGGAUGAUCAGAACUUGGACGAUGCUGCCAUUGAUCCUGAAAGCGGCGUUACUGCUGCUGACCGUGGAAAGAGCAGAGUCAUUUUCAACGAUGACAAGGACGUUAUCUUGGACACUCUCAAGAAACUAGUGGGUAUCAAGCCCAGGACUGGUCUUAAAGAGAAGUCUGUUCUGUACACUAGAGAGUAG